AUUCUCAAAUUUGUAUUUUCCAGAUUUUCCAGAAAAAUCUCACAGCGGUAAGAAAAAAAGAAAAAGAAGAGUCAGUGGUCUUGUUGUUUCGUUCUUCCUUGUUCGCUCGACCUGGCCGAUGUCUAACCAGGACCAGGAGACGCGCACACAAUUCGCAGAAUGUAACGUUGUUGCUACUCUUCUUCUCUCGUUUCUGUGACCUAAGAACCAUUCGAAUUCGCUGCUCCGUCUCUCUGGUUUCGUCCUUGAAAAAUCGUCUACUCGAGAUUCCUUUCUCUAGCCACCCAUCUCAACUGCUGAGUAGCAAGCUGUAUUUUUGUUGACCUAACUAAACCCUAGCUUCUUCGAGUGGCAUUUUUUUGACGAGUGCUUCUCUUCCUUAUCAUGGACUGGAUACACAAAUCUACUCCUUUUAUGGAACCUUCGAAUUUGGCAAAACUGGUUCAAGGAAAUGUUCCUCUUCAGCCACAUGACAGCCAUUCUUCGCUAACUGAUCUAGAUAUGGACCUUAGAGAAGUCUAUUUCCUGAUUUUACAUUUUCUUUCUAUUGGCCCCUGCGAACGAACCUUUGGCCACUUGAGAGACGAAAUUUUGGAAAAAGGGCUUUUACCCCGUAGAUAUCAUUCCUGGUGGUCAAGAAGUGGCAUUUAUAGCGGGCGUGCUGAUGAUGAUGGCAUCUCCCUCCCCUUGAGUUAUGAUAAUUUGAUAGAGAGGUAUCCUCAUAUCGAAAAGGAUCACUUGGUGAAGCUUCUCAAACAACUAAUUUUAAACCCGUCUUUCCCUUCACACAUGAGAGUUGAAGGAAAUGCUCCUAAUGCUGCUGAUGUUCCAACACUAUUGGGAUCUGGCACCUUUUCACUUGUGGAUCGUAGUAAUUCUUAUUCAUCUACUUUGUCGUACCUGAAUUUCAAAAGCUUUUCCAUGAAUUGAUGUUUGGCAAUCAGGAUAUGUUUUUUCUUUAACUUUUGCAUGCAAUUCAUCUGAUUUAAUUUCGACCGCACGUUGUUUCUAGAAUGGAUCGCUCAGCAACAUGUUCCUUUGGAUCUGGGACUUGAAAAAAUCCCAUAUAUGCAUAGAACCUGAUAGUGGCUCUAAGGCUUUGCAUUUUAGAAAUUUGUUUUUCUGGCUUUGGCAAUCUUUACUUGGUAUCAUGACUUGUAUUGGGAAUUCUGGUGAAGUAGCUCAUAUAGGAGAAGUUAAGUCCAGGGGUGCUUUAACUUGGAUAGUCUCCCUAACCUCUCCAAUUCUUACCCUAGGUCUUUGAUUAAGUAGAUUCUUAAUCGUUAAUUUUGUUCUUUUUCUGUGAAGGUAACAAUAUAGAGUCUCAGAAAGCUAGGCAUGUUGCGUCAUACUUACGCUGGCCGCAUAUGCAUGCCGAUCAAGUGCGUGGCCUAAGUCUCAGAGAAAUUGGAGGAGGUUUCAGGAAACACCACCGUGCUCCGUCCAUUCUUUCAGCAUGUCAUGCUAUUGCAAAACCAUCAACAAUGGUUCAAAAGAUGCAAAAUAUAAAGAAGCUCAGAGGACAUCGUAAUGCUGUCUACUGCGCUAUAUUUGAUCGUUCUGGAAGAUAUGUUAUCACUGGCUCCGAUGACCGGCUUGUCAAAAUUUGGUCAAUGGAAACUGCGCUUUGCUUGGCUAGCUGCCGUGGGCAUGAAGGUGACAUUACAGACUUGGCCGUUAGUUCAAACAAUGCUUUGGUUGCUUCAGCUUCAAACGAUUUUGUGAUUCGAGUGUGGCGGUUGCCUGAUGGAAUGCCAAUUUCUGUAUUGCGGGGACACACUGGAGCUGUUACCGCAAUUGCAUUCAGUCCCAGACAGGCGUCUGUUUACCAACUUUUAUCGUCAUCAGAUGAUGGAACCUGUCGUAUCUGGGAUGCUAGGUAUUCUCAGUGGCUCCCACGAAUCUAUGUUCCAAGUCCUUCAGAUGCUAACACUGGCGAAAGCACUUUUACAUCUUCCAACACAGGAUCCACGAGCAAUGCAUCUCAGAGUCAUCAAAUAUUAUGUUGUGCAUACAAUGCUAAUGGAACCAUUUUCGUCACGGGUAGCUCUGACAGCAAUGCAAGGGUUUGGAGUGCCUCAAAACCUAACUUGGAUGAUGCUGAACAGCCGACUCAUGAGCUGGAUGUUCUACGGGGCCAUGAGAAUGAUGUCAACUAUGUGCAAUUUAGUGGUUGUGCUGUGGCUCCAAAAUCUUCAACAGCUGAUGCUCUGAAGGAAGAUAGCUACCCAAAGUUUAAGAAUUCCUGGUUUUGUCAUGACAAUAUAGUAACCUGCUCUCGCGAUGGUAGUGCAAUUAUAUGGACUCCAAGAUCACGUAAAUUCCAUGGGAAAUCUGGACGCUGGAUGAAAGGAUAUCAUCUGAAGGUUCCACCUCCUCCACUUCCUCCACAACCUCCUCGAGGAGGCCCACGUCAAAGGUUUCUUCCAACACCACGGGGUGUUAAUAUGAUUAUAUGGAGCUUGGAUAAUCGUUUUGUACUUGCCGCUAUCAUGGAUUGCAGGAUUUGUGUUUGGAAUGCUGCUGAUGGUAGCUUAGUGCAUUGUUUAACUGGUCACAGUGAAUCGUCUUAUGUCUUGGAUGUCCAUCCUUUCAAUCCUCGGAUUGCUAUGAGCGCUGGCUAUGAUGGGAAAACAAUCAUCUGGGAUAUAUGGGAGGGUAUACCAAUCAAAGUGUACGAAAUCGGGAGAUUUAAGUUGGUUGAUGGAAAGUUUUCACAAGAUGGGACAUCUAUUGUGCUUUCAGAUGAUGUUGGCCAGAUAUAUUUUCUAAACACAGGACAAGGAGAGUCUCAAAAGAAUGCAAAAUACGACCAGUUCUUCCUUGGUGAUUAUCGUCCUCUUAUUCGAGAUACCAAUGGACAUGUUCUUGAUCAGGAGACGCAGCUACUUCCUCAUCGGAGGAACCUUCAGGAUCUUCUUUGUGAUUCAAGUAUGAUUCCGUAUCCAGAACCUGACCAGACAAUGUUUCAGCAACGCAGACUUGGUGCAUUAGGAGUUGAAUGGCGUCCUUCCUCGAUAAAGUUUUCUGUUGGCCCUGAUUUUAGUUUAGGUCAAGAUUAUAUAAUGCCUCCUUUGGCUGAUCUGGAUAGACUGAUUGAGCCAUUGCCUGAGUUUAUAGAUGCUAUGUACUGGGAACCAGAACACGAAGUUCUGAGUGACGACAAUGAUUCAGAGUAUAAUGCUGAAGUUUCCUCUGAUGGGGCUAGGGCAAGCCCAUGUUCCAACUCUUCAAAUGAACUUGAGUGCAGCUCCGAGGACAGUGACGUUGAAAAUAUUCACGAAAGUAGCUAUCAUUGGAAAAGAAGAAGAAAACAUCCUAAGGUCAACGUCUCUACUUCAUCUGGAAGACGUGAUAAGAGGAUUUUGGAUGAGAAUGAUAGCUCGAAUUCUGGAAUUAAGAGAACCAAGAACCGAAGAAUUGUCGUGAAGGCUUCAAAAAGAAAACAUUCUGAUGUCAAAGCAUCACGGCCGCAGAGAGCAGCAGCUCAAAAUGCUCGAUCCUUGCUUUCUAAAAUUUCUGGAAGCUCUUCGGAUGAAGUUGAUGAUGAUAAUGAUUCAUCCAACAGUGAAUCUGAUAGAAGCAUACCCACUUUGCGACAGUUGGACAAACCAUCUCAGAUGCUGGAAUCUCUUUCAAAUGACAAACAGAAGAAAAGAUUGAUUGUAAAGAUCUCUGUUAAGAAGCCAGCAGAGUCUAUGGGAAGCAAGGGAGAUGUGAUAAAUCAGGCUGAUUUAGAGCAACUAUCUUCCAAACCUUUGGAGGAGAAUCACAGAGUGAUUGGUAUAUAUUCCAGAGAACCCGGGUCAAGUUCUGUAGAUGCAAAAGGUGAUUCAGGGUGUCAGAGUAUUCCCUACUCUAUGAAUACGCCACAGAGAGAAAAGGCCGAUAAUCAGUUGAUAAGAUCUUCAGAUCAAGACCAGAAUAUGUGCAAGUGGAGGGAAGAGAUUCCUGUUUGUGAACCUACCGAAUUAACUGCGCCUGAGAACAUAGAAGAAGCCCAACCAUUUUAUGGGGAUGAAGCUGAUGAGAUUCUUCCAAAGAAAGUUCGACGACUGAGGUUAAAGCUUCGGCAUCCCAACAGUCCUCGAAAACUAGAACCUGAUGAGGUGGCAGAUGAUUUGGCAGAUGGUGGAGAUGGGUUUGCAUCCAUAGCUCCCUCUUUCAUGAAUCCGAUUAUGGAUUCUGAACCUGUGAUAGAUAGCGUUAGAGAUUCUUCUGCACAUAACUUUGAGUUUGGAGAAGCUACAGCUGAUGUGAUACGUAGGAAAAGAUCCAUAAGAAGUGAAUCUAGUACAAGAAAUAGCGCAUUACGCAUAAGGUUGGGCUCUGGAUCUGUAGACAAAAUAAAGAAACAAGGGAUUCCUUCCACAAGCGUGUAUGAUGAUGCAUCACUUGAAGAAUGGCCUUCUACCUCAAAAGCUGGGUCCAGGUCUAGAUCUGCAAGCGUCAGCAAACCAAGUCUUCAUACUGGGAUAAGGUUGAAUAGUGUCUCAGGAAAAAUCUCAUGGUUAUUGUUGUCUGAACACGAGGAAGGCUGCCGUUAUAUACCUCAGCUAGGGGAUGAAGUUAUUUACUUCAAGCAGGGUCAUCAAGAGUUCCUUAAAACUAAAGAAUUAAAUGACAGGGACCGAUCAAGGUACCUUCCCCGAAACCUAGGAGCAGUAGAGAUUUGCAAAGUCGAGAAACUUAACUAUGAUACAUAUCCUGGUUCUGGAGAUAGCUGCUGCAAAAUGACCCUCAGGGUUCUGGAUUCUUCUUCAUCACAUGCCUCCCGCAAAGAGUUUCAACUGACACUUCCUGAGCUCAUUAAUUUCCCUGAUUUUAUUGUGGAGAAGACUCGAUACGACGCUGCAAUUCAAACAAACUGGAAAAUUGGUAAUGAGUGCCGUGUGUGGUGGAGAGACGCAACCGGUGAAGGCGGGGCUUGGUGGGAAGGUAGGAUUGAGUCUUCACAAGUAAAAUCCACUGACUUCCCAGAGAGUCCAUGGGAAAGAUACAGAGUUGUCUAUGAAACAGGGGAAACGAGUCUUCACAGCCCGUGGGAGUUUGACAAUCCCGAGUUUCCCUGGGAAAAAUCUACCAUCGAAGAUGAGAGAAGAGAGAAACUGCUUUCAUUAUUUGCUGGACUAGUAAAAUCAAUCAGCAAGCAUCAGGAUAGUUACGGGAUCCAAAAGCUAAACGAAGCAGCUCAAAAGAUGGAUUUCUGCAAUAGGUUCCCGGUUCCAUUAUACCCUGAGCUGAUUCACGAAAGACUAGAGAAUCAGUACUACAGAAGUAUUGAAUCGUUUAAACACGACGUGGAUGCAAUGCUCUCAAAUGCGGAGUUGUAUUUCGUUAGAAGUGCACAUAUGCUUUCGAAGAUAAAGCGACUGCGAGAUAAAUUGACAAAAACGUUAAGAAAGCUGAUCUGAGGAUAAGGCAACACCGGUAUGCUUCUUUUGGUCCUUUCUUGAUCUUGUAAACACGUUAGGCUGCGGCAGUUUUUUCAUUAUAUAGCGAAGAGAGUGUUAAAAAGAAAAUUUAAAAGUUUUCACUCUAAACAAAAGAAGUCGGUUUUGUUUGUAGUAACCCGACACAGGUUUCAUGUAUAGUUUUAGUACCACAUGUCUGUAACCGAAAUUUACUCUGUUGUCACAAAAAUGACAUCAUAAGUCUAAUUUUAUUACAAGAAGAUUAUUAUCAUUUCAUUUGCAAACUAAA